AUGGUGCUGUUAACGUCGUUGCUGCUGAUUUCCGUGAUGCUGAUAAUGCUGGCGCGUGCCGGGACCGUCGCGACCUUGAAGUACGGCGGAGUGGAACCCCUUCCGGCAUCCAAGGAGGAACGGCCGCAUGCGGAUAGUGGAUACAGAGGGCGCGAUAUUUUAUUCUCUUCAAGAAAGAGUGAGAAGCCACUUUUGGGCGUCGCGGGCACCAUCGCACAGGACAUCCUGGGUUGCGGCGGCUUCGUGAAGAGCCACGCCGACAUCGACUUCACCAAGGUGCACGUGAGGCUGUACACGAAAACCGGCAGUCUGAAAGAUCAGACCGAGUGCGCGCUCAAUACCGGCAAUACCGGCUACUACUUCCUACCCCUAUACGACAAAGGCGAAUCAUAUUUGAUAAAAAUUUUUAAUCAGGUAGAUCCUCCCAGAGGCUGGAGCAUUGAACCCACAGAGGUAAUAUUGAAUGUAGAUGGUGUUACGGAUGACUGCAGUCAGGGAAAAGAUAUUAACUUUAUAUUCAAAGUAUUUGGUAUUACAGGACGUGUGAUUAGUUUAGGUACCAAUUCUGGUCCUAAAGGAGUUACUAUCUCUUUAUACAUGGACAGCAAUAAACAAAUUUCCAUUAAAUCGACAUUAACCACGGAAAAUGGGAUACUUUACUUUACUCCCACUGGAAAGUACAUCCUUGUUGCGCAGCACUCCAAGUGGAUAAUAAGAGAAAAUAAAAUUGAGGUAACUGUACAAGAAGGAAACACGGAAUUAGUAUAUGGCAGUUCGGUAGUAUCAAGAUAUGAUAUUAGCGGCAAAGUUACCAGCGAGAAUGAACCAGUGGCUGGCGUAUCCUUCAUUCUUUUCGGCAAUGGUAUUGUGGAGAAAUGCGAAACUACCUCUGUGAAUAAGAAAUUUGAAUCCAAGGAAUAUCUUUGUCAUGUAAUCUCGGAUAACGCCGGUAAAUUUACAUUCCCCAGUCUGUCACCUGGCGAUUAUAAGCUUGUACCUCACUAUGCCGGCGUCCAGACUAUGUUCGACGUUCAACCGCCGGAACUGUCUUUCAAAGUUAGCCAUGGUAGCAUGAUCCUUCCUCAAGACUUUAAAGUAACUGGUUUUACGGUCGGUGGCUUGGUACGUAGCUCUGCGAGUGGAAAUCCUUUGCCAGGAGCGAAGAUAUUUUUGUCACAGAAGCAAGUUGCAGUCACGGAUAAGAACGGGAAAUACAUACUAGAGAACAUGAAAGCCGGCCAAUAUACACUCAGAGUGGGAUCUACGAAUUUGCAAUUUACUGAGAAGACAGUUAAAAUAUCCUCUACAUCGCCUGAACUUCCGGUACUGAUACCUUCGUCGUACAAAGUUUCGGGUAAGGUAACUCUGUCGGCAAAGGGAACGCUCCAUUUCCGUCGAAUAUCUAUUCAGAACACGGCCGCUACGUUCUACAAGGAGCUUGACAUCAACGACAAAACGGGAAAAUAUUCUAUAUAUCUUGCACCAGAUAAAUAUCAAUUGAGUGUAAUUGUAAGCACCGAAGAGAAGGCUAAGGGUUUACAAUUUUAUCCGUUGCAACAAACGAUUGACGUGACAUCUCAACCAAUCACCAAUGUCAACUUUCUGCAAUUAAAAGCCACGUUAACGGGAACGGUACACUGUUUGCCUGGAACAGAUUGCAGCCAGACCUCUGUUACUUUAAAAAUACUCGACGGAGUCACGAUAAAGACAGUACAAAGGUUCGUUUUCCAUUUCUUAGACGGACAAUACGAGUUCACGGACGUGCUGCCCGGUCACUAUGAGAUCUUCAUCGACAACGAUGUGUUUUGCUGGGAGAAUUCCAGUUACAGGAUCUCCAUAACGUCAGAACGCGCCGAGGUACCACCGUUCAAGCAAACUGGCUUCUCCAUCACAUCGUCCUUCAUAUCGUCUCACGACGCGAUCGUGGAGUACUUCGAGCCUAACAACACAAAAUUAAUAACUCUACCUUUAAACAAAGGCAGCAUGAGGCACUGUGUGCCUAAAGCUGGAGCGUACACUUUUAUUCCGAUAGGUUGCCAUGUAUAUGAAAAUUCCUCUUACACUUGGGACACGAGCAAUCUCUCCCCGAUUUUAUUGCACUCCACCGAACAUACUCACAAAGGCAGUAUUAUAAGCUUAACCGUACAAAAUGAUCUUAAAGUAAAGAUUGAAGAUGCGAGUGAUAGUGUCACGAUUGGUCCACUGAAAUCUGUAAAAAAAGAUAGCAUGUACAAAUACGAGUUCGAGUUUAAAGCAAAAACGGAUAAUAUGUAUACUAUCACUCUGUUGUCGGAUAUUCUGCUCUUCAAUCCGCCGUCUCUGAAAGUCUUCGGCGUAAAUGAUUGUCAUAACGACAUCGCAAGUUUUGCCGGUGAUUUAGGAAAGAUUAUAGCUGGACAGUUUUCUCCGCCAUUAGAAGGCGUAAUUGUAAAGAUAAUUGGGAAAGAUCAAGAGUCUCCAAUUCACACGUUAGUUACACAAAAAGACGGGACUUACAGUGUUGGACCUUUAGAUGGAAAAAUUGAAUAUAGUGUUAUAGCUGAGAAGGAAGGUUUUGUAAUCAGUUGUGGACCUGAUGCUAAAGGAGUGUUCUUGGCACAUAAAUUGGUCGAAAUUAUCGUACAAGUUUUCGAUCAUGCUAACGGUUCUUCGUUGCAGGGUGUGCUCCUUUCUUUGUCUGGCGGACAAAGUUAUCGCAAGAACAGCAUAACUGGCGAAGACGAAAAAUUCAUAUUUAAUUCGCUAUCACCCGGCGAAUAUUAUCUACGACCUAUGAUGAAGGAAUACCGCUUUGAUCCACCGUCGAAGAUGAAGCUCAUGGAGGGAGCGACCGUCAGUGUAAAUUUGUUUGGUAACAGAGUUGCUUACAGUGCUUACGGUUCCGUCACGUCUUUAAACGGAGAACCGGAAGUUGGCUUGUUGGUCGAGGUUCAGGGCCAAGGAAACUGUUCCAGUCUUCAAGAAGAAACCACCACCGAGGAGAACGGUAACUUUAGGAUUCGCGGACUCCAGCCUACGUGUACCUACAUCUUCCGUCUGAAAUCGAACGUGGAGAGCAACGCUCACAUACAGCGCACGAGUUCCAGUUCUCAGCUGGUGCAGCCAGUGGAGGACAUCCACGGCCUACGGCUAAUUGCCUUCCAUUUGAUCUCGCGCACAGACCUUUCGGUGCACGUCAUGUCCGCCCAACCGGAACACUAUCGCACGAUCAAGGUGAAGGUGUGCCGAGAGGACUCUCCCGACUCGCCGGUACACGUUUCUAAAUUGGAUGGGCAGCAAAUUACCGGUAAGAACGCCGGUAACUACAAUGCCGGUUUUUUGGUGCAUUUUCCGCCGUUACAAGCCGAUAGGAAGUACUUUGUCCAAUUGGAGUCCUCGUUAUCGCCAGCUGUGCACAAAUACCGCACAGUUCCGGUUUAUUUCGAGGCAAACUCAUCGUUUAAAUACGUCAAACUGGCAUUUAACGCCGAACGGAAAGUCGAUCAAGGCGAGAUGAAUCAGACAUCGGUGAUCGCGCUCCCGUUCAUCAUGCUGGUCGCGGUGGCGUUCCUCAAUCGCGAGAAGCUGUGGGUCUGGUUGAAUGUACUACUGGAAAGACGUUCUAAGCCCGUGCCGAGUUCCAAAGCGCCCGUCCAGGCCAUUCCCAUCGAUCCCAGAGCGGAUGAUAUCAUAGUCGAGCAAAUAAUGAACAUUAACAAAAGGAAGACAAAGCCGCGAAAGGCAUAGGUCGCAUUGUUAGCAUUAUCAUCAUUAUUUAUACAAUGAGGCUUAUUAUUUGUGAUGAUGUCGAGAGAUUGUCGAGAAUGUAAAGAUCUUACAUCAUUCAUUGUUUUAUACGUCUGAUUGUCUAUAAUUUGUCCGCAAUAUUUGUCACGACAGUCGUGUAUGUCAAGGAAAUAAAGUGAAAUAAAAGACUGUUUUGAUACACGGCAAGUGUGUCAAUUCUUUGUAGAUUUAUUAUUAUUUAUACGUACUGAUAAUAUUAAUGGGAAAAUUGCGGGUGUUUAAUCAGAGAUGUAUAUAACGUACAUGAUCACGUUUUGUAUGUAUAUCGCAAGAAACUUUAUCAUUGUAAUAAUUUAACGUAAGCUGCAGUUAUACGUAAAGUAUCAUUAUGCAUUUUGUAACACGUAGUGCUACAGAGGCACACCGACUGCAUUCGCUAAAUCAUAAAGCGUUAAGUUAUAUAAAGUAAGAUGUAUAUAUACAAAAAUUGUUGUAUUUAUGGAAUUGUUACAAUAAAUGUUUUUACUUGAAAAUAAUA